GUAAGCAAUCAAAAGUAAGCACAGGGUAUUUAACAGAGCUCAUCGGAUUUGAUGGGUAAACAAUAGCUGAAGAACCAUGAAUGCGGUUUGCCUCCACACACAUUUUGUUAGCUACCGGUAUUAAUUUCGGAGUAAAGUUUACAGUAAAUUAUAUGGGUGGGUUGUGCGGGAAUUCAGUGGGCUAGAUAUAGGUUGAACAGCGUUGGAUGUUGUUAGCACGGCACCGCCUGCGUGGUCUGGAGGUAGGCUCACUGGAAAUGCACUAUCAAAUGUCUUAUACGACAGUGAUCCAGAAUGGCGAAAUUCUGAAAUAAAGGGAACCAUGAAAGCGUUACUGGAUGACACGCACUAAAUUAGUCCGAAGGUACCUGAUGAGUCUUUUGUAGAAAAUGUGGGGCUCUGUGACAGAGUGAUGCACCGAUGAUUUUAACAUAACUUGUAGCCCUCCAGUUGCUUUGGUUUCUGUAAGCAGGCAGUUGGGUGGCUUUUGACCGUGUUUAAAGAGUUUCACCGCCCAGAGCUGAGGAAUAAUAAACAUGACUGUGGCCAGUGCAAAAUCGGGCUCAGCCAUGCAACAGGUAUUGGACAACCUGAAAGACCUGCCACCAGGUACAGGAGCCAAAGAUACUGACCUCAUCUUCCUAAGAAGCAUUAUGGAGAGCCCAAUUGUUCGCUCCCUUGCCAAGGCCCAUGAGUGUCUUGAGGAAGUGAAGUUGCAACCCGUGCGGGAUGAUAAUGUCCAGCUGGUCUCAGAGAUCCUGGAUUCUCUCAACGAUCUGUCAGAAGAAGAUGCUGCCGCUGCAGAACUUGCCAAAAUCCUUCAGGAUCCUCACUUUAAGUCUUUGAUAGAGGCACAUGACAAAGUGGCUGCAAAGUGCUAUGAAAUGCCUCACGCUGCAAACAGCAACGUCUUGUUGAUGAGUUCACUCAUGCCAGCUGAUGCUAUAAGGGUGAUUGGCAUCCAGAAGAAAACUGGAGAACCACUGGGGGUGACGUUCCGUGUGGAGCAGGGAGAGAUGGUGAUUGCACGGAUCCUGCAUGGUGGCUCAAUUGACAGACAGGGCAUGCUGCACACAGGGGACAUAAUCCGUGAAGUGAACGGUUAUGAGGUUGGUAGCAACCCCCAUGAACUUCAGGAGUUGCUGAGGGAGUGCAAUGGGACCAUCACACUCAAGGUUCUGCCCAGCUACAGAGAAACACCAGUGCUGCCACAGGUUUAUGUGAAGCCACACUUCAACUAUAACCCCAAAACGGACAACUUAAUCCCUUGUAAAGAGGCAGGUCUGGCCUUCUCUAAGGGAGACAUCCUUUAUGUAGUCAACAAAGAAGACCCCAACUGGUGGCAGGCAUGCAAAGUAGUGGGUGGGUCCACUGGACUUAUCCCAAGUCAGUUCUUAGAAGAGAAGAGGAAGGCUUUUGUAAGAAGAGACUGGAACACUGCCAGUACCGGGAUGCUCUGUGGAACACGAAAUGCAAAGAAAAAGAAGAAAAAAACGAUGUACCUCACUGCCAAGAAUGCAGAGUUUGACCGUUACGAGCUGCAGAUUUAUGAGGAAGUAGCCAAGAUGCCACCAUUCCAGAGGAAAACACUGGUUCUCAUUGGAGCCCAGGGAGUUGGGAGGCGGAGCCUGAAGAACAGACUUACUGUUAUGAAUCCUCUGCUAUUUGGAACCACUGUGCCCUUCACAUCACGGCAUCCAAGAGAAGAGGAGAAAGAUGGUGAGAAAUACUGCUUUGUGACGCGGGAAGAGAUGGAGAAGGACAUUAAGGAGAGCCGUUACCUGGAGCAUGGCGAGUAUGAUGGAAACCUUUAUGGCACCAGGAUUGACUCUAUCCAUGAAGUGGUGCAUACGGGUCGUACCUGCAUUCUAGAUGUCAACCCUCAGGCACUGAAAAUGUUGAGGACCGCUGAGUUUAUGCCAUUUGUGGUGUUUAUUGCUGCUCCUGAACUGGACACACUAAGAGCUAUGCACAAAGCUGUGGUAGAUGCUGGAUUUACUACCAAACUACUUACAGAGAAUGAUUUAAAGAAAACAGUAGAUGAGAGUGCAAGAAUCCAUCGGGCAUAUAGCCACUACUUUGACCUGACUAUUGUCAAUGACAAUCUGGACAAGGCCUUUGACAAGCUGCAUGAGGCCGUAGAACAAUUAUUCAUAGAGCCGCAAUGGGUUCCAGUCAGCUGGGUCUACUGAUGUCAGAGCUGCACGACCUGGGAUGAAAGGGGACACCUGAAGGGUAGGAGGAUUCAACACUGUACUGCACACACAGGCCAAGCAGUGGACAUUAACCCUUUGUGGGUCCCACACAAAGCUGCGUUGAUCCGAAUCAGUGCGUUCCUUUCUAGCACACUAUGCAAGUGACAACACACAGGAAGUGUACUUACAGUAUUUAUCUGCAAAAUAUUUUUUUAAAAUGCUUUUAUUCAGGUGUAUUGGAGGAACAUACUGGCCCUUGUGCCAGGAUUUUUUUUUUAAAACAAAAGUGGAUUUUGCCAUGUCCUGUUAGUUCAAUUUUACAUCUGUAUAUGUAAGAUAGGUAAUGUAUUUUUCUGCCAAAAUGAGGGGGGCUUGCUGUAUGAAAAGGACAGUACCUCAGUGUUUACAGUGCACAUGCCUCCAGUAUUUCUAUGGCAAGUUGUUAUAGCAUUUAUUUUAUAUCCUUGAUACCAGGUGUCAUUUUCCUCCACUUAGUUCGGUCUUUGUCAUCACUAGUUGGACAUUUUGUUGUACUAGAUGAACAGAAAC